AUGAAGCUUUCUGUUACCAUCCUUGCCGCCUACCUGGGCUUGGCAGCGGCCCACGGCGAACAUGAAGGCCAACAUAUUCCCAAGAUUUUGGGUGGGAGAAAGUUCCUCUCUGAGAUGGGAGCUCGCCGUAGGUGGUCCCAGGGUGUCCAACAGCCCAAUGUGAUCAAAAGGCACCCACCAUCCCCCAAGCCUCAGCAUCACGCCGACAAACGACAAGAAAACACCAGCGGCAAAUGUGGCGCCAGUGGUGGAAGCUGCGCGGCAGGUUACUGUUGCUCGGCCGAAGGAUGGUGUGGAAGAGGCAUUGACUAUUGCUCUGCCCCUGAUUGCCAGCUGAACUACGGCCCUGGUUGCGACGGGAACAAAAAGCCAAGUGGCCCGGAUACCUCCGGAGUUGCUCGCCCAAAGCUUGGAAGCGUCUUGUAUGGCGGAGCUGGUAUUUACGACUGCGUCACAUCGGGAGAUAUUGCCCUAACAUUUGAUGACGGGCCAUACCUCUAUACAAACGAUCUGUUAGAUAAGUUGAGGAGCUAUGGAGCCAAAGCAACAUUCUUCCUCACCGGAACGAAUAUCGGUAAAGGCAUGAUCAACGAUCCUGCCACGCCGUAUCCCGCCAUAAUCAAGAGGAUGCAUGCCGAGGGCCACCAAAUCGCCAGCCACACUUGGUCUCACCAGAACGCAAGUCAAAUGACCAACACCCAGUUCACCAACCAGAUGGUGUGGAAUGAGAUUGCGCUCAACUCGAUUCUUGGAUUCUUCCCAACUUACAUGAGACCGCCGUAUUCCAUCUGCCAACGGGAAUGUCAAAACAUCCUCUCCACCCUCGGCUAUCACACCAUCUACUUCAACCUCGACACGGCCGGCUACCUAAACGACAGCCCCCGCGCAAUCCAGACGAGCAAGAACAUCUGGGAUGACGCCAUCGAAGGCUCCGACCCAGAAACAGACAGCUUCCUCCAGAUCGAGCACGACAUCCACCAGCAAAUCGUCUACAACCUCACCGACUACAUCCUCACCUCUCUGUUCUCCAACGGCUACCGAGCCGUCACGGUAGGUGAAUGCCUAGGCGACCCGCCAUCAAACUGGUACCGUGCUGGUCCGGCCUCGUCGUCACCCUCAUCAUCACCAUCAUCGGCGGCUGUGCCCACCAGAACAACAAUCUCUGUUGCCCCGACAAGAACGGGCGCAAGCACAGAUGGUACCUGCGGCAACGGCAUCACAUGCGCGGGGACCAGAUGGGGAGCCUGCUGUUCCUCCUUUGGGUUCUGCGGGGUGGGCGAGGAGUACUGCCAGUUGGGCAACGGGUGCCAGGCAGCGUGGGGGAGGUGCGAUGGUGAUGCUCCUGCUGUGAGCAGCAGUUCUUCUCGGACGAGUAUCAGUACCCGGUAUGUCAUCAGCAGCACCAGCACAGCAACCAGCACACGCACGAGCAUCAGUACCCGGUCUGUUAUCACGAGCACGGCGAGGAGUACGAGUACUAGCACGAGCUCUCGUAGUAGUGUCAGUACGCGGUAUGUGAUUAGCAGCACGAGCACGAGCACCAGGAGGAGCACGAGCACGAGUACAUCAAGAAGCACGUCAACAUCCGCCACGAGAACCAGAACCACUUCAACUACGACAUCCACCAGACCAACCUCCACCCCCGGCCUCGCCAUCAGUGAAGAUGGUCUCUGUGGUCCAGAGAACCAACAGACGUGCGAGGGGAGCGAGUUUGGGACCUGCUGCGGGCCGUCGGGGAGGUGCAGCUCGAGUAGUAUUGCUUGUUUGGCGAUUUUGGGGUGUCAGGAGAGGUAUGGGAGGUGUGUUUAACUUUCAGGUUUGCUUUUUCUUUUUCCAAAGUGUAUAGUUGUCGGAAGUGGGUAGUUGCACAUGGACAUUAUUUAAUUUCUGCUGGUAUAAGGCGAUGUACUAUGCAAGUGUGAGUAGAAUAGGGAAUUGGAAAAUGGUGUGGUUCGGUGUGUGUAAAAGUAGGUAGGUAAGGUAGAUGGUUGCCUGCUCUUGUGGAGGAUUCGGUGAGAUGACUGGAUGCCAACAAGGAAGAGAGAUGAGGUUGCUGCCUGCGAGAACACGUGUUGUGGAACUGGGUACAAUGGAGAAAAAAUGAUGUUGAUGGGACGAUGUGAUGGGAGGACAACAGAUCGCGGGUGAGGACCCGAUAGGGGAUGCUGUGUUACGGCUUGCGGGGUGAUGCACAUCAUGCUGCUAGCCGGGAGGGGGAUUACACGAUAGGGCGUGGGGGGAAAUGAAACUCGGAUGCCUUAUUCCGGAUUCUCGGUGACGUGUUGCAUGGGUUCGUUGAGCAUGUCUGGGUCGGAGAGAAAGCACCCUCACGAGAAAAUAGUUGAGACAGCAACAGUAGGUUAAACACAGUAAUAUUGUAGACCGUACACCUCGAAGGACAAUCGUCAGGUCUUUGAAUAUAUUCAAAAGGGCCUAUUAACUUACUUUUGAGCCACGGUUAACUCCCAUAUAACAUAGAUUGAUUCCUUUUUUGGUUGUGCCAAUUAUACUUUUGUGGGUAGGUGAGAAGAAGUCAUGAAGAGGUUGUCAGUUCACUACAAGUCAGAGUCGAACUGAGUGGACGUCAAGAUCAGGGGCACAUCUUCCUUAUCAACCAAGCAACUCCCCCAAAAAAACCACAUGUCACCUCACCUACCACCAGUGGUGGCAAAAAUGCGAGAAAUCCCCCACGCAGUCAUCCCAACAUUUAACCUCAAUCCUUCCCUGUCCCAGAGGGCCAUGGGGGAGAGCCCCGGCACACUGGUGGCAUCAAUUUAUCGCUCGGUCUCACAGAUCCAAAGUUUCCCCCCUGGAGUUGCCAGGGUAAAUUUCGUCAUCUACCAUGCCAAACAACAAGUGUUGAAGUAUCUGUGCGCCGGGUCACGAACAACUGCUAACCCUACGACUUGAACGUAGGACCUCUGCCGAUGCUGCUGCUACCAGUUUGGACGGCUCUAACCCCAAACUUGACAGUGGUUUAGUUGGGGGGUUUCUCUGGUUGCCGGCAGAGCAAGCCGAACCUGGCUGAUAAAACGGCAGGCAGGCAGGCAAGCAGACAGAAAGACAGACAUUAUAUGAUGAUGUGCAAAAAAGAGAGAGCAAUAUGGAAAGCAGCAGCAUGGGACAUUUUCAACAUGUAUUUUACUGACGAGGUAAUAUUAAAGAUGAAAAUGAUGACGGUUGUGUGUCUGUGUAACGACAAUAGUCAAAAGUUCAGAACCCCCCUGACGAUGAGAAUGUAUUUGAAGAGGAGUAUAUACUUGAUGACGGGAUGGAGGUAUGUAAUGGGGUAUGAUGACGGCAAAGGCAUACAGCAAUAGAGACACACGACGAUGGAGACACACCAC